CCUUGAAUGGCAUUUUGUCGAGCUUGUUCUAGUAAAACGUGUUCUAGAGGAUGAAAAUUUCGUUCUCGUAUUCGGUUUUCGUCUUUCGCCUCUGCAUCGGUCUACAUUUUCGCCAGACUAAUGUUCAUUGCGAGCGGUUUCGAAACUUCUCACCUUCGUACAAGGACGACGCAGCGUUGAGAGAUUUGCUACAUUCAUCUAUUUUUGCGUAAUCGAUCCACCAAAAAAAAGACAACCGGGAAGCUCCCUGAUAUUUCAUUCUCUACUUCAUACAUUGUACCAGACUAGAAAAAGAUGCCAGAGUUUCUGAAUCCCGCUGAAACUGAAAAUUUUCGGUUUACUCUUCGUCCUAGCGGGUCUCCGCUGGAUGCUGAAGGGGAUGAGAACGACUAUGCAAGUUUUCUUGAAGGUUCGGUUGCGGCGAUACUAGCAACUAGUACAGGCGACGAGGAGGAUGCCACAACUGUCGAAGAAGAUGCACCGGUUCACCCGCGCAGAAUUUUCAAGAGCAAGGAGGCGCCACCGAGGGGGCAAGGUACUUCUAAGAAUUAGUGACUAAACAAACUGCUUGUUGCAGACGGCGGGCUCACUUGUCGUUUUGUUCUUGUGCCAGAUGAAUUUAGAUUUACAACAUGAACUUCAUUCGCGUGAACUUGAAGACUCGAGCCAACGACUGUUAUUCUUGAAGAACUUGAAAAAUUCAAGGUCUCCCCCUCCGCAUGGGUCCCCGAUCCAGAAGGGGUUCGCUCAGUGGUAACAAUGGCUUGAAAGUGCGCGUCCCUAGACCCCCAGAUAGGGAAGAUGAAAGCGCUUUCACAUUUUCCGAUCGUUUUCACAUCGAUGAAGCUAGCUUUGGCGGCUCUACAGUCCAAUCACCAAAGAGUAGUCCUAAUCACAGUCCGCAAGACGAUCAUAAAGGAGGAGGUAUUGUUAGUAGAGGAGCACCUAUAGCAGGACAUGGUGCGCAACAAGAUGGACAGCAAGAUGUAGAUGAUGCCUCACAUCUACAAGCAUCGAUUGCUUCUUUGAAGUUGGAGUUGAUAAAGUUGAGUAGCAGCAAUAGUGCUUUUGCAAGUGGUGUUGGGGGUGGCUCCAUUGGUCAUAUGAAGAGCAGUAUGGGCGGUCGUUCUGGAACAGCUAAUCUAUCAAUAUCAGCACAACGUACACAAACUAGUGGACAACUCGUCGGGGAAAGCCAGAGGCCUGGGAGUGCAGAUUCUACAACUAAAGGAGAAGGAACUACACCCCCACUAGUUGUAGAAGAUAUCCCUUGGGACUCUGCUGCGAGUUUACUAGCAGCACAUCUUGCAUCUGAGACGUCUAGACGUCAAGAAGCGAUAGUGCACUGGGAAGCAGAGAUAGCCGCGGAGCGCGAAAGUUGCCGUGUGCGUCGCCAAGAGGAGCGAGCGAAGCGGAGAGAAGCAGCGCGAAUUGAGGCUGAGGGCGGUGGAGCUGCUGCUGAGGCGAAAGCUGGAGAAAGUGGAGAACCUUCGUUGGGAGAUGAACAACUAGUGCGAAGUGAUACUGAGAAACCAGGUGAGGAGGCGGUUGCGGGAGAAGGUGACGCUGUGGCAUCAGAGAAACCCGAAGAUGCGGCGAGCGGUACUGCGGCGAAUGCUGCAGCUUUAGCCGAAGAAACACCUCCUGCCGAAGAUGGUAGUGCAGAUCAGGCGGAUGAAUCUGCUGCAGCACCACCGGCGGAAGAAGCAAAAGCAGAUGGCACUGGUGCUCCCCCACCGCAAGAGGCAGAAGGAGGAGCAGAUGAGUCACCAGCAGUCGUGGAUCAACUACCAGCAGACGAGGAGGCAGCAAAACCUAAAGCAGAAGAAGACACUGAGAAAGUAGAGGAGCCGACUGCUGCCGCCGCAGACCCAGUUGCCACUGAGGGCGCGCACGAAUCUGCAGAUCCGGAUGAUGCCGCUGCUGCGGAAGAUAAUGGAGAAUCUGAACCUGCUGCAGAAGCGGAUGCAGCACCCAAUGAGGAAGAAGAUGAAGCUGGAGCAGAUGCCACUGAAGAAGCAGGGGAUGCUGUACCAGUGGCAGAAGGUGAAGCUGAAGAUUCACCUGAGCCUCAAAGAGAAGUAGUAUCUUCUUCCUCUACUAGCGAAGACAAAGUCGGAAGCAUGGACGAUGACGUUUUUCCGACAAUAAAAAGACCUCGACGUCGCGCGGGAACGAACGAGGAUGACGAAGAAUUGUCAGAAGAAAUGCAAAAGACGCUUUUUGCCGAUGUUGAGGUGCCGGCUAUUCCGGCUGUAGUGGAGGAGGACUAUUCGCUUGGUAAAAAAGAAUUACUGCUGGUGACUAUUUAUCAUUUCCCCCUCAAGCACUAAGACUAACAUCACAUCAAUAAAGGACAGUCUUGGACAUCUUCUUUCACAUACUACAUUUCUGGAUCAUCUCUUGAAACUAAAAGAUGGAAAAUAAUGUCUACUUCUGUAGUUGGAUCUGCUAGAGUUUUGUUUUCUUCUUCUUGACCAUCAUACAUUCAACUCACCGUCCGACUCGCUUCAACAGCUUCUUUCCGUGCCGCCGCUUUUCUCCCCAAUCCUGCUUUUUCUGACGCUACUGACGAGAGUUUACUGAAACAUGCCACCGCAAGUGGCUUCGCAGUCUUAGACGGUAGGGACGCGGUUUUUUGGGACGUUAGGGCUAAGAAGGAGGACGAAGGCAUCUGGGUCAGUUUGUGCCACAUUGACUCGGAGAUAGAGGGAUUUGCAAGUGGAAUGCAUGACUCAUCUUCUUCAGAGAUGGAAGGAGGUGGUUCUGGAGGCUACAAGACUAGUCAAGUAGAACAUGAUCCUUCAGAAAGUAGUUCCUCAGAAGCUGAAGAAAGACGUCGAAAAGCAGCAGAGGAAGAAGCAGCAAACGUGCCACCACCUCCGUUGUCGGAAUUUGUGAAAAAUGGAGGAUCAAUAGACAAAUUUUUAGAAUGGACGUGUAACUUUGUCGUAGUCUGGGCGAAGAUGCAAGGCAUAACGAAUUUCGACGCGGCUCUAUUGCCUAAAUGCUAUUUCGCUGCGCGCAAAUCGGGGGAAACAAGAGCGAAGUUGCUGGGGAUAUAGAUUUAGGUGGGUAAGUCCAUCAUAACAAUUCUUAUAAGAGGAUUUGUUCUUAUUUCAUAAAUGAAGCCUACUUCAAUGGUAUGAUGAUACAUCACUCAGAAAAUGAACCCCUCCAUGUUCGAUUACUAAUCACACUGCAAAGAAAUGUCGCUACUACUACCUGCUUACCGUAUCUAUCAUGAACGUCGCAACUUAGGUCAAUAAUAUUUCCACGUGAACUCCUUGAGAGUAUAGCUUUAUGAAGUAAAGUAGGUAAAUGAACAGAUAUAGAUCGUCCUCCAAAAUGAACCAAGCCUGCUCUUCUAGGCAAAGAAUGGAAAAUGAACUGAUUGUAACAAGGAUGAAAAGCAUCCCUCAUUCGUGGUAGAACUAGAAGAAUAUGUUAUGACCAGAC